CUGUUAUUCGUUUUAUUUGCGAUCAAACGCGGAGACAAGCGAGAUCGGAUGGACGCUCUGAAAAGUAGCCGCGGCUCAUGGUGCUCAUUCAACAGCAGACACAGAUAAGCCGCGGCUCGUCGCUGCUGUCCUGCGACCCAAACAAUUCUAGUUUGAACCAUCGAUUUUCCAUUUGCAUCCUGUACUGUCCUUAAUUAGCGCCAAAAAGGCUCAACGACUUUUCCUGGUUUAGCGCCUUAUCUGAUUUUGCUGAUUAACUUUCAAUUUCCACAAGCGGGACAAUCCUCUAUAAGUCAUCUGCCAUCAAGGUUCAGGAGCGUUCGUCGAUUGAGACGGAAGUCGACGCUACUGGAGAUGGCGGCGCGUGGUGCGUGGGUUUUACGCAGCGUGGAGGAGAAAGCGUCGCUGGGCAGGCUGGCUAAGUCGACGCUCGCCCUGGCCGUCGCCUGCGCCCUUUCCCCCCUCCUCCUCCUCUCUUUUCUGGGGGUAUCGAUAUUUCGGCGGCUGUACUGCUGGGUGCUGGAGAAGAGGUUCCCGGGAGUUGAACCUGACUGUAGCCCUUCCGUCAGGGCGGCCACUGACACGCGCCGCAACCAGGCCAUCGUCACCCUCCUCGCCCACUUCAAAGGCACCUGCGACCUCAAUUUAGUCAGGAACAAAAUCAAGGAGGAAAUUUUGGAGCAAAGAAACAGCGAGGGCGAGUUGGUAUUUGCAAGACUCAGGGCGGUUCUAAGUUCUCGUUGGGGUCACUACGUGUGGAUCCACAAACCCAACGAGUUCCAAAUCGACAGCCACGUAGUGCUCGGAGGUCAACUCUUUCGCGGCAGGCCUCUCACCGAUGGCAACAUUCAGGACUACGUGAGCGACAUUGUGUCCAAGUGCCUGCCGGUGAACCUGCCACCGUGGCAAGUGGUGCUGAUCCCAGUAGCAGCGAGUGGUGGAGCUUCGACGGGCGACCAACAACACUUCUACGCGUUGCUGCGUUUGCACCACUUGUUGGUGGCCGAGUGCGGCGCCCUGCGCGACCUGCUGGCCGGUGACUGGGGCUGGGGUCAGCCCCUCGUCCCCCGUCCGCACGCCAUCCCCACCCUUAUCGACACCGCCACCACAGCUGCCUCAAACGCUUGGCACAGUCUUCGGGAGGAAAAGGACCCAGCGGUGAAGAACAAGGCACUACACCGGCCGCUGCUAGACACGCUGGCCGCCGUGCUGGUGUUUGUGGCCGUGGACGCUUGCGACGUCGUUCUGAAAACUGAACCCUGGCACAAACUGCACCUGCCCAGUGUCUGGAUCAACUCGCUCAGGGUCCAGGCGGACCGCAGGAAACUCACCCUACGCAGGUUCGCAGGCCUGACUGCAAAAGCGUGCUAUCCAGUGCCGUUGUUAGCGUUUGGCGUGCGCGCCCUUUCUCUCGGCAUACACAUGGCCCUGCAGACGCCCCUGUUUCUGCUGCGGACGGCCAGGGAUGAAAAGACGAGGGCGCUGCUCCGCGACGCAGUCAACGAAGUCAUCUUUUGGCUGCGAGUGUCCUUUGACGGACCCCGCAUCGUCCUUGAAGAAUUCUUCACCGGCACCCUGUCGCCGCCGCCCGUCCACCUUUCCCUAUGUGGCCGACGCGUCGUUGCCUGGUCUGAACCUGUCUCUGUCAAGUUGGUUGAGCGGAUUGCAGAGGCGUCGGAGAGCACGCCCGCCGAGGUAUUGUUGGCGGCGGCGUCAAGCGCCGUCCGCGAACACUACCGGAAGCAGGGGUGUGCGGCGCCGGCGGUGCCAGUGCAGCCGCUGGGCUCGUCUGGCGUUUUGCUGCUGCCCCCUCCCGCUGAUGGCGAGGACUGCGUUGACUCGCUGUUCACCGUCAAGCAGCGCAUCGCCGCCAACAGGCACCAACCCACCCUGCUGCUGGCCAGCGCCUGGCUCAGGAACAACCUAACCAGCAUCCUCCCCUCACUCACUGUGCGACUGGUGCUGAACUGCGUGACGAGGAGGUAUGCAACCAUCGUAAUGACAUCGGCCCCUACCGUCCUGCGCUCAGGGCACGCCAACCUGUGGGGCUACACUGCUGACAGCGUCCUCCUCUGGAGACCCCCACAAGCAAAUAUCAGUGUGUCGCUGUCGGUGGUGCGUCUGGGCGAGAGCGUGCGUCUGGCUGUGAUGGCUGACCAGCAACUGUGGCCGCACCACGCCGCCCUACCGGCCGCCUUCCUCGCGCAACUCAAAGAAAUGGCCUCCAGUCUGCAGGUGCGAAACCCUGCGCCCCGCAACUCGCCGCCCCCAGGACCCUCCACCAUCCCCGCCCUUCUCAGACUCGAGGAGGAAACUCUCGUCGACUGAAAACCUGCAAUUCAUACAAAAACGAAACUUUCAAAGUGAUAUAUUUUUACUUUCGUGUGCGGUUUUUGUACAUAAAAAACAUUAAGCCUCGGCGUGAAGGCUCAAUUUGUUAAUGAUUAUUAUAAUUUCAUAUUAUUUUUUGAACUUUAAAUGGGGAAGAUGUUAAAACAUAAAGGACUAAAAAAGAGCUGACUAUAGAAGUUCCUAUUUUAUAUUGUGUUUUGUACACCUAGUUUUUAAUAAAACCACAAGCUAUACAUUUCAUAAAUAUGAUAAU